GACGCAACGCAUAAAGGACACACAGAGGUUGUACAAGUAUUGCUGCGAAAUGGAGCACGAGUAGAUCAGCAGCGUCCGGACGGAGUCACUGCGCUGCUUCUUGCCUGUGGACCAGGGCACCUUGACACCGCUCGGGCGUUACUAGGAGGCGGUGCGUCUAUCAACUUGGAGAAUGAAAAUGGCAUUAGUGCGUUGGGGUUGGCUUCGCACUGGGGCCACAUCGAAUUUGUUCAGCUGCUGCUGAACAAUCAAGCGGGCGUCAAUUUGACUAGCAAGAGCGGCUGGACCGUGCUAAUGGCCGCUUCGCGACAGGGCCACACGGAUAUUGCGCAGUUGUUGCUGGAACAUGGAGCUCAAGUGGAUCAGCAGAAUCCGAGUGGAGCAACGGCUCUAGUGGCUGCGUGUGAAAAUGGGCACUACGAUACUGCUCGAGGCUUGAUUGAAUGUGGCGCAUCUAUCGAUUUACAGGAUGAGGAUGGAUAUAGCGCGUUAAUUGUCGCUUCUUGGCGAGGGCAUGCCAGCAUCGUCGAGUUGCUUUUGGUCAAUCGAGCGUCCAUUGACUUGGCGAACAACAGAGGCAUGACUGCACUAAUGCUUGGGUCGCAACAAGGGCACACGGAUGUUGUGUCCCUCUUGGUGAGAAACAGAGCAAAUGUCCACCACCACAACUCGCAUGGCUCCACAGCUCUGCUAUUGGCAAGUGAACACGGCCACCUCGAUGCCACACGUGCUCUCAUUGAGCAUGGUGCCAAGGUUGAUGUGAAAGACGCUGACGAAGACGAUCCACUCCUGGUUGCCGCGAUGUUCGGUCAUGGGGAGGUGGUGAAGCUGCUGAUGGAGCACGGAGCCUCAGUCGACGGUUUCAACAAGGCCGGAGCAACGCCACUUAUAAGCGCUGCCCAAAAAGGUUUCACAGACGUCGUUGCAUUGCUUCUGGCAGCGGGAGCCAACAUUAAUCAACCAAACGGUAGUGGUGCGACUGCUUUACAAGUUGCAAGCGAACACGGUCAUUUGGAGGUCGUGAAAGCCCUUGUGGGGCGUGGGGCGACAAUGGAGACGACAGAUAACAGCGCAUUCAAGGACGUGGUAGAGCACUUGACUUCGUAGAUGUCGAUUCAAACCAAAUGUUGCAACGAGGUUGGUGAUAGCUCGAUAGGUAAGCCUACAUAGGUAGGAUUCCUAGUCUAGCAAGCGAGAAAUGUGCGAAUAUGUCAAGUUGCUCACACUUACCUGCGUUGCCACAGUUCAACGCUUGUAGGGCUGCACUAUAAUACAUACUGCACUAUAAUACAUAUGUACAUGUAGUGCUCCUAACAAAAUGAAUCCGUAGCAGCCGCACGACGUCCUCGUGUUUAUCCGCCUACCUAGCGCUUCACGAUACCCCCAAACUGUUGUGACAACGGAUUCAAGUUCCCAUUUGACCCCAACACUACAGUAGAGGUAAAACUUAAAAAAAAUAGCAUGCUUCUCCUACGUCGGCCCACGAAUUAGCUGCACGGGACAUCGGCACCUGACGCAGGAGCUAUAGUGCCAAGCGUGCAAGCUUGGCACUGCGUUUCUGAUGUCCGCACCUUGCGGUGAAGUUGAUGCCCGAUCGGCAUCGCUCGGGAGCUGCGACGCGGCAUCCAUCUCACCGCUCGCCGCAGCAGCAACCGUCGCCACCGCCUCGAAUCUGCAGCAACAGCCCCCCCCCCAUCUCGUCUGCAAGUCCGUCCGCGCGGCCUGCACCGGCAGCAAAUAGACUCGCCCCCAGUAUGCACGCCGAUCGACAAUCGGACACGCGUUUCUCCGCCGACGCGCAAAUCCUUUCCCCGGCCGGACGGCGAGCGCACCAAGCAGCCAAAGCCACAGACCAGCGAGCGGACCAUUUCGCCGGGUCACUGGUGCUUGGUGGCAAAGCCACGCUUCAAUUUGUGUACACUUGGUGUGCGCGCACAUCGCCGGGCCGUUUGGUGCUUGGGUCGGCCCCCUCAAGUAGCAACCAUGAGGUUUUAUUGCCGUGCGAGCUUUGGGCCGGCCAACUUCGAGUCGCCUUCGGUGGUUGCGAUCCUCCUCAUUCUCGGAUUCCCCGUCCAAGCCUCAAGCCCCCUCAAGUACCAGCACAGUAGUGACCAUGGCCUUCCGUCAGGUGUUCAAGACGCAGGCGCGCCACAUGAGCUCCGGCUCGCGCAAGUUCUUCGUGGGCGGCAACUGGAAGUGCAACGGCUCGCUGGGCCAGGCGCAGGAGCUCGUGGGCAUGCUCAACACGGCCAAGAUCCCGGCCAACGUGGAGGUGGUCGUGGCCCCGUCGCAGGUGCACGCCGCCACGGUCAAGGCCGCGCUGCGGCCCGACGUGCGCGUGAGCGGCCAGGACGUGUGGAAGCAGGGCAACGGCGCCUUCACGGGCGAGACGUCGGCCGAGAUGCUCAAGGACCUGGGCGCCGAGUACACGCUCGUGGGCCACAGCGAGCGCCGCGAGAAGGGCGAGACCAACGAGGUCGUGGCCAAGAAGGCCGCCUACGCGCUCGAGAAGGGCCUGGCCGUCAUCGCCUGCAUCGGCGAGACCAAGGAGCUCCGCGAGGCCAACCAGACCGUGGCCUUCAUCACGGAGCAGCUCGACGCCUACGCGGCCGAGAUCAAGGACUGGACCAACGUGGUCAUCGCCUACGAGCCCAUCUGGGCCAUCGGCACGGGCCUUACGGCCUCGCCCGACCAGGCCCAGGAGGUGCACGCCAGCAUCCGUGCCUGGCUCAAGGAGAAGGUGUCCCCCGAGGCCGCCGAGAAGACGCGCGUCAUCUACGGCGGCUCGGUCGGUGCCAAGAACGCCCCCGAGCUCUCGCAGAAGGCCGACAUUGACGGCUUCCUGGUCGGCGGCGCCUCGCUCAAGCCCGACUUCCUGCAGAUCAUCAACGCCCAGAACCCCACGGACAACGUCGGCGGCGCGGUGAACGUUGCCAUCAACGGCUUUGGCCGCAUCGGCCGCCUCGUGCUGCGCGCUGCUGCCAAGAACCCGCUGAUCAACAUUGUGGCCAUCAACGACCCCUUCAUCUCCACGACCUACAUGGAGUACAUGCUCAAGUACGACACGGUGCACGGCCGCUUCGGCGGCGAGAUCUCGCACGACGAGCAGCACAUCUUCGUGGACGGCAAGCCCAUCCGCGUCUUCAACGAGAUGAACCCGGCCAACAUCAAGUGGGGCGAGGAGCAGGUGCAGUACGUGGUGGAGUCCACGGGCGCCUUCACGACGACCGAGAAGGCGUCGGCCCACCUGCAGAACGGCGUGGAGAAGGUGGUGAUCUCGGCGCCGUCGAGCGACGCGCCCAUGUUCGUGAUGGGCGUGAACCACGAGCUGUACGAGAAGAACAUGCACGUGGUGUCGAACGCGUCGUGCACGACGAACUGUCUGGCGCCGCUGGCCAAGGUGGUGCACGACAAGUUCGGCAUCAAGGAGGGUCUGAUGACGACGGUGCACGCCGUGACGGCGACGCAGAAGACGGUGGACGGUCCGUCGAAGAAGGACUGGCGCGGCGGCCGUGGCGCGUGCUUCAACAUUAUCCCGAGCUCGACGGGCGCCGCCAAGGCUGUGGGCAAGGUGAUCCCGGACCUGAACGGCAAGCUGACGGGCAUGUCGUUCCGUGUGCCUACGGCUGACGUGUCUGUGGUGGACCUGACUGCUCGUCUGGUGAACCCCGCUUCGUACGACGAGAUCAAGGCUGCGAUCAAGUCGGCCAGCGAGAACGAGAUGCAGGGCAUCCUCGGCUACACGGAGAACGCUGUUGUGUCGAGCGACUUCAUCGGCGACUCGCACUCGUCCAUCUUCGACGCUAGCGCUGGCAUUGCUCUGACGAACGACUUCGUGAAGCUCGUGUCGUGGUACGACAACGAGUGGGGCUACAGCUCGCGUGUGCUGGACCUGAUCGAGCACAUGGUAAAGAACGAGUAAGUUUGCUCGCCUGGUGCAGCUACGUUCAGCUUGAAGUACGUGCUGGC